AUGAGUAUUCCAACAAGCGGCAAUACCGCCAUCGUGACAGAAGAUUGCUUGGCGUGUAAAUACCAACGUCGGAGGUGCCCUGCCUAUUGCCCUUUUGCCCCGUAUUUCCCCCACGGUCACGAACAACAGUUAAAGAACAUGCAUAAAUUGUUUGGGUCUGGGAUGGUCAAUGUUAUAAAGCUUGUUAGAACCAUAGAAGAUCCUUCGAAGAAAGACAUUGCGAUACGAACGAUCAUGGUUCAGUCGGAUAUGCGAGCUAAAGACCCCGUCGGCGGCUGUUAUCGGGUCAUUCAAGAGCUUCAACAUCAAAUAGAGUGUACGCAAGCCGAGCUCGACCAGAUUUAUUAUACCAUCGCUAUUUGUAGAACCCAAAAUGCGCAUCGUUUGCAAAUGCAAAAGAUAGAUGAUGGUGAUCGUUGCCAAAUGAUGAACAAGUUGCCACUGAUCGGGUUUGAAACUGAAAAAUUAGCUAAUUUGUCUAUUAAAUCAGAUGAUAAUAUAGGAGAAAAAUAA